AUGCACACCGCGUGCCUUGUUUCGGACAGUUCCUGUGAGGCGCCAGAACGCGCGUACCACGCAAGCUCCCUCCACGGCAUGACCGCCGCGCGCAGCGUCGGCGACUCUGACGACGACAUCGAGGUCGUCACGCCCGGGCGCUACCGCCCGCUCGGCGAGCGAGGGACCAACCCUGGCGCGACACCAGAGUCCGGUCCUUUCGGCCUCCGAGCGCUACAGCUCUUCCACGAGCACCUGGACGGCAUCACGCCCGUCCCGCAGCACACGCCGCCGCGCUCCGCCGCGAACAACGCCGCGACCCAGCCCGCGCUGCCUACGCUGCCCGCUGGGCCCCCGCGCGACGCCGCCGGGCCCGCCCGGCGCAUCUUCGACUCGCCUGGGCGCGAUGGCACGACGGAGGACGCGAGCGCCGCGCAGGAGGCGCGUCGGACGCGCAAGCGGCCGCGGAAAGCCGCGGAACGGAGAGCGCAAGCCCGCGACUACGGGGAGUCGGACGACGGGGACUGCGUGAUCGUCGGGCGGCGCGACGCGGUCAUGGAUAGGGACAUCGAGAACGAGUUCAUCGCGCGCAUUCGGGCGGAUCCGAGCCUGCCUGGGCCGUCCUUUGUGCACAGGUUGCCUCCGACGCCGCGGAGGGCGCCCGCGGGCGGCAAGCGGCGCGCGCCGGCGGACGAGUGGCGGCCGGAGUCGUCGGAGGAGCGCAAGUCGUCGUCGCAGGAGUCGGAGGAGAGCUGGGGCGGGCGUGACCGUAAGAAGCGCGGUGACGCAUGGAAACGGCGGAGCAAGCGGGCGGCGGCGGGGCGGGGCGGCGAGGACGCGACGGUGCGCGGGGGCCGCGUGCGUGGGGCCGCGGCGGCGGGUUUCGCGGCGACAGCGGCGACGGGGGCAGGAGAUGGUGGCGGCGGGGCGGCGCAUGCGGUGCCUGUGCCUGUGCGGGCGGCGGCGCCGGAGGCGUCCGCGCCGCAGAGCAGGGUGGUGAGGCUGCAGGGGCUGGGCGGGAGGAAGGGGGCGCGUGCAGCCCCGGCGGUGCACGGGGCGGCUGGAGGUGGCAAGGGGCAAGUGCCGUGUUCGCCCGGGCUCGACGCAGAGAGCCGGAUGCAGAUGCGGCUGCGGGAGAAGAUCCUGACCCUGCGGUCGGGGCUCAACGACCGGCUGGGCGGCGAGCGCGCGCAGUUCCCCCGUCUGACUGACAGGGACCUGCCCGCUCAUGUGGGGCGCUUCUCCCAGGCGCUGCUGGACGCGGCGCGCGGCAUGUGCGCGGGCGCGACGUACGAGAACGACUCUGAGGACUGGUGGAGGCGCGCGUGCUCGAUCCUGCCGCAGGAGGCCCCGUCCAGCGACGACCGUCUACGGGCGAUCUGCCGCACGGUCGAGGCGUGGCUCGGCGCCGGCGCCACGGCGGCAGCGCAACAAAUUGCCUCACACGACCCCAACAGAUCCCUGCCGCAGCCCCUGCCCGUCGCCGGGCAGAACCCGAGCCAGAACCCCGCUGCGCAAGCAACGCUGCGCACCGCGACGCAGCACGGCGCCCAGCAGCGCGGAGGUGCCGCGCAGGGCAACCCUGAAGGCGCGGCAGGUCGCGCUUCGCCGCCGAGCGGCGCGACGCCUCCGCGGACUCCCCCGGCGGCACAGGUGCAGUACGUGAGCGACAGCAGCGCCGGCGACCGCGAGGACGACGACAGUAUCUGGCUCGGGGGCCCGGUGCGUCAGAGGGGACAGGAGGUAGAAAGCGGCCCGGGGGGGGUCGUCAGCGCGGGGGGGGCGACGGGCGACCCGUCGUCGAGCUCCGCGGACGUGGUGCAGGUGUUGCCGCGGGGCGACGUCGCGGCGCAGGACGGCGGCAACGACGCGGAAAGCGGCUCGGUGGUGUCAAGUCUCGACAUCGACGACUGA